AUGUCGACUGCCUUUCAAUCCUUAAAGCCUUUGGAGGAGAGAGUUCUACCUGCUGCAGUAGAAGAAAACGUGGUGUCGUCUGUACGUCUUGCAUCUGACGUCAAGGCCUUGAGAAUACCGAAAGAUUUCUCAUUGCCUUCGCUGAAGAUCCCAAAGCCUUCUGAUUACUUGAGAUUAGCAUCUGACAAAGAGACAGCAGCUUUGGAACUUUUCAAGGACGCGAAGAUUGCCGACGUAAAGGCGGAUCUUUUUAACAGUCCUGAGAUUAAAUGGUGGUCGACCAAUUUUGAGAAGGCUUUCGACAUGAAUAAACUAAUCGACUCCAUUGCGACUACCGCAGUUGUUGACGGUAACAUAGCGUGUGACGACUACUUUAUAGACGCACUGAUAGCUUUACUCGUCACAUUCAAGCUGGAUAAGAGGACACAGAAAUUUGCCAAACGUCUUGAAGAAUCGUUGCUCAAAUUCAGCGCUAAAUUUUAUGCCGUCAAUAGCUUGAACGCCAUAGGUGAGCGACUUGAACUGAAACUGGUUGACGUUUGGUUAAACUCGAGUUCGAAACGUCUUGCAUACCCGUUGUUGAAGAGCUGGUACGAUUCUCAUCCGGACGUGGAGAAACCGACCCGGGAUUUCAUCUUGUACUCUGCUUUAAAAAACCAGGGUUUAAAUGAUCUCGGUAUUGGACGUAUGGCAAUCGAUGAACUUAACGAUCCCAGUACUAAAGAGAUUGCGUCAAAUAUGAUCUUUAUGUGUUUGAUGUCAAAGCUCACAACUCCAGUGCCUCAUAAAACGGAUCUCGAUAUGCAUUCCAUGGCAAAGAAUAAUGUUGAAGGGCUUCUCGAGUACGCCGAAACCAUCAACCUUGAUAUCGACGUGUUUGUGCUGCCUACACUCAGAAGGUUCCUAAGCGACGAGGACAUACUUUCAAAGUGCGACUCUUUUUCGCUAAUGUCACUGUUAAUCCAGCAAAAGUUAAACGCGCCAUUACAAUAA